UUUACGAAAUUUUGUCAUGUGGGGUUUGGAUGAGUUAUUUGACAAAGCGCUGGAGUCACAGUGCCGGCUUUGUGUUCGAGGGAUAUACCACUUUUGAUUUGUUAUCGAGAAGCGGACACUUUCUUCAGCUCUUCACAGCACAGAGAUGGCCGCCUUGUACGCCUGCACGAAGUGCCACCAAAGAUACCCAUUUGAGGCUCUUUCUCAGGGACAACAGUUAUGCAAGGAUUGUCGUAAUGCGCAUCCUGUGGUAAAGUGCACUUAUUGUAGAAUGGAGUUUCAACAAGAAAGCAAAACAAACACCAUCUGCCGUAAAUGCACCCAUAAUGUCAAAACCUAUGGAACGCCUAAACCUUGCCAGUACUGUAAUGUAAUUGCUGCUUUCAUUGGAAGUAAAUGUCAGCGCUGUACUAAUUCUGAGAAGAAAUAUGGUCCACCACAUACUUGUGAACAGUGUAAACAGCAGUGUGCCUUUGACAGAAAGGAUGACAAAAGGAAGGCAGAUGAUAAGCUGUUGUGCUGGCUUUGCACUUUGUCUUACAAACGUGUCCUCCAGAAGACCAAAGAACAGCGCAAGCACUUGAGUACCUCCUCUGACCCUGGUUUGCAGAAGGCUCCAUAUGCUAGACAUGCUAGUAACAACAACCAUUAUAACAGUCAAAAAACAUUGUCUACAUCAUCUAUUCAAAAUGAAAUUCCUAAGAAGAAAACCAAGUUUGAUGACAUCAUAGCCAAUGAAGACAGUUCUUCUCCAUAUCUUGCUUUUGACUCCCCCGGAACAAGCCAGCUUACAGUUAUAACCCAGCUGAAAGAAGAGGUGGCUGCACUCAAAAAGGUUUUGCUCCAAAAAGACCAGCUAAUGCUUGAAAAGGAAAAAAAGCUCACAGAGUUGAAAGCUGAAUUUCAGUACCAAGAAAGUCAAAUGAGAAGUAAGAUGAAUCAAAUGGAGAAGGCUCACAAGCUUAUAGUUGAACAGAUCCAGGUCAGAAAUCGAGAUCUUAUAAAACAGGUGGCUUCACUGUCUAAAGGAAAACGAAUGGAGAGGCUGGGAGCAAUAACAUCACCUUAGAAACAGUGUAAAGCUCAAAACUAAAAGGAGGAUGUUAUCUGGAAGUCGAUAGUUGCCAUUGUAAAUAAUUUCAAUAUUUUAAUAUAUGCAAAGCUUGCUUUAAUUUUAUAUUAAGUGUGCAUGUGUGGUUUUAAGAAAAGGGAAACACAAAUACAAUAGAAAGGAAUGGGUGAUUAUGCAUUUAAAAUUCAGAAUAAGAACAUUUUUUUGCUGUUUGUAAACUGCUGAACUUCAAGAACAGUGUGUACACCAAUCCCACCAAAUCUGGUUUUAAAGUUCUUGUUCUGGAAGGAAUUACAGGUGUAUAGAUUUUUAAUUCAGAUUGUUUAUACUAAUAUAUUCUUUCAAAACAUACAACAAAUACAGUCGGGAAGUAUUUGGACAGUGAUGCAACUGUCAUAAUUUUGGCUCUGUAUGACAUCACAAUGGAUUUGGAAUAAAGCAAUCAAGAUGUGAUUGAAGUAUAGACUUUCAGCUUUAAUUGGAGGGGUUUAACAAAAAUAUUGUAUAAGCUUUUUAGAAAACACAGACAUUUUUAUACAUAGUUCCCCUGUUUUCAGGGGCUCAAAAGUAUUUGGACAAACUACCAUAAUCAUAAAUAUAAUGAUCAUUUUCAAUAUUUGGCUGAAAAUCCUUUACGGACCAUGAUUGCCUGAAGUCUAGAAAUCAGGGCAUCUCCAACUGCUGGGUUUCCACCCUAUCGAUAUCUUUGCCUGGAGUACUGCAGUUGUCUUCAUGUGGUGCUUGUUCAUUGGACUUUCUUCCAUCAGUUUCAUCUUCAGCAAGUGAAAUGCAUGUCCAGUUGGGUCAGUGUCGGUUGAUUGACUUGUCCUUUGAAGAAUAUUCCACUUCUUUGCAUUGAAAGCACUUGGUUUGCUUUCACUGUAUGCUUUGGCUUAUUGUGCAUCUCUACUGUGAAACAUGGUCCUAUCACUUUUUCACCAUUUGUCUGAAUCUGAGGUGAUAAAAUAUCAAUGUACACUUCGAGAUUUAUCCUACUACAUCUGCCAGCGGUCAUAUCAUCCAUAAACACUAGUGACUUACUUCCAUUGGCAGUCAUGAAUGUUUUAUAGAUGAUGUUGUUAUACAUUGGAUCAUGAGCCAUUCAUUUUCUUCUUCAUACGCUUCUCUUUCCAUCAUUCUGGUAUAUAUUGAUCUUAGUUUCCUUUUGUCCAAAGAAAAUUGUUCCAGGACUGGACAAGCUUUUAAAAAUGUCUUCUGACAAAGUCUAAUCUGUCAUUCAUAUGCUUGAAGUUUAUCAGUGGUUUGCACUUUGUGUAAGCCCUCUGUCUUUACUUUCAUGACGUUUUCUCUUGAUUGUGGACUUUUGCAUUGAUAGGCGUACCUCCUGGAGAGUAUUCUUGUUUUAGCUGAAUGUUGUGAAGGGUUUUUUUCUUCACCAAGGACAGAAUUCUGCAAUCAUUCAGCACAUUUGUCCUCAAUGAUUGUCCUUCUUUUGAAGGAUAUACCACAUGGUUGAUUUGAUCACUCCUGGUGUUUCUGCUAUCUCUCUAAAGGGUUUCUUUUGUUUUCUCAGCCUAAUGAUGGACUGUUUUUAUUUGCUAAUACAACUCUUUGGACCUCAUAUUGAGAGUUCACAGUGACAGCUUCCAAAUGCAAAUUCCACACUUGAAUCAAUUCUAGACCUUCUACCUACAAAAUAAUUAAUGGAAUAAUAAGGGAACUGCUCCCACCUGCCUAUGGAAGAGCUUGUCAGUCAAAUGUCCAAAUACUUUUGAUACCCUGGAAAUUGGGGGGUGGGGCUAUUCAGAAAAAUGCCUAUCAUUCCUAAACGGCUCAUACGAUAUUUUUGGUAAACCCCUUAAAUUAAAGCUUAAAACCUACACUUCAAUCCCAUAAUGAUUGCUUUAUUUCUAUUACAUUGUGGGGUUGUACAGAGACAAAAUUAUGAAAAUCGUGUCACUGUCCAAAUACUUAUGGACCUGACCCUAUUUCUAAAUAAAAAUAAUGUUUUCAAUUUCAAGUCUGUUUUACAUGAACUGUUCUCUAACCUGAUUCAGAUUUAAGAAGUAGUCUGUACAGCAGAGGAGGGCCCAUCUGUUUUGCAGGUUAGCUACUGUGGUGAGUCUGUCCUUAAGAAAAAUAUUAGCUAUCAGUGCUUACCAGUGAUUUUAAUGUGUAAGACAUUUCACUAUCCAAACACUUUUCCUAUGAAAAAUUGCACCAUUUCUCAAGUGUGGCAGGGCUUUUGAGAAACCAGCCCUAUUUUUUUUGGUUGUAUAGAAAAUAAAAUUGAACCUCUGCUGUCAGUUGUCUGACUGCUUGUGCACUUAUUUUUUGUCCAAAUAAGCUGACCAGUGAAUUUUAUAUUCCAAAAGUAAAAUAUCACAAGUAUUUAUUAAGAAACUUCAGCUCAUAGUGCCUUUUGAAAAUUUAGGGUGCAGUUGCCAGCAUCAGAUCAAAGCUAGCCAGCAUGUCGGAUAAAAAUCAGUAUGAUGACUUGAAAAAACUCAGGAUGUUCCAAUAACAACUUUUGACCUCAAAAGUGUCAUAGGAAAGCAUUUUAAACAACAGAUUAUUUCAUUAUUUUUAUAUAUAUAAAUAAAUCCCACAAUAAGUUUGUGUCCUGCUCUUUCUAAAGAAAAACAUUUUUAACAAUGGGCCUUUCUUACGGCCAUGUAACAUUAUCCAGCAUUUAAAGCAAUUUUCAGUCAUAGACUUCAUUUUCAUAAUAUAAGUGAUUUCAUGGCAUGCUCCCAUGACCUCAAGUUGCAUAGUGUGACAUACCGGUGACUCGGUCAGCUGAGAUUGCAUUUCAACUCGCUUUACCUGUAAACGCUUCAUAUAGUAUCACCUCCAUCAGGAAACGCAUUAUUGGCUGUUAGGAAAAGGAGCGAGUACACAAUUCUACCCAUCUUGGAGGUGGGUAAUUUGACAUUGCCUGCGAUUUCUAAUCAUACAAUUUUACGUACACAGGCAGUGAGAUCAGCAACUACAGUUGUGAAGUUUGACAUCCUCACCUACUACGAAGUCAAGUAACGUGACUUCGGUUUUAGCUUCAGCAUUCGGUCAUUCAAUAUCAAGGUUGUAUUCCAUCUAUUCUCAGCUAUGUUAAAAUUAAAUGGCACACAAUAUGGGCAGAUUUUAGCCCAAAAAAUUAAAUUUCGAAAGGGAAAAAAUAUUUGUGGAUUUGGAAUAUUUACUAUUCCUGCAAGUUUUAAUGUUACACCGGCCUAUUUUCAUUUAAUAAUUACCGUAUAUUUCGCUCCAUAAGACACACCUGACCAUAAGACGCACCUAGGUUUAGAGGAGGAAAACAAGAAAAAAAAUAUUCUGAACCAAAUGGUGUACUAACAUAUUUAAUAAAAUAUAGCAGAAUAAUAUUUCAACCAUGUAAAGUCAACAGUGGUAUUAAGAACCAUCAUCACUGUCAUUAACAAAUGAGGAGAGACUUUAAGGUUCAAGCACUCUUCUAGUUUUCUGGAAACCCCAAGAACUCCUCAUCACUCUUGUCAGAAUUUAUGAAGCUCAGUUGCUCACAAUCACUGAUAUCACUUUCUUUGCUAUCUUCAUAUAUGAUACUAUCUUCAGUUCCAUCUGAAGCAUUGCUAAUGGCAGCUUCCACCUGCAGCUAUAGACUGUUCAGUACGCGAGCGACUCUCCACGUUAGUGUUUAGAUCUGGACAGUGCAAGUGCCCAAAACAUUAACAUUUAUAUGUUACAUAUGUAAAGCCAGAUCGAAUUUUAUUUACCUUGAUUUAUGUACUUACUUCCUACAGCGCAAAGUCACAAGUAGACUGCAGAGCUUCCUGUGUUUGAUCGACACGGGCAUGCUCAAAAAAAAACACGUGUAAUUCCACGAAAAGUGCAUGCUGACACUUCAGUUUGUAAGCAAUGGUACGAGAAUGCAGUCAGACUUCAUUUUUGGGCACAUACACCGUCCAGAUCUAAACACUAGCGUGGAGAGUCACUCACGUACUGAAGAGUCUAUAGCGGCAGGUGUAAGCUGCUGUCCCUGUACUUUGUAUACAAGAACCAGAUCGAAUUUUAUUUACCUAUUUACCUUAAUUUAUUUACUUAUCAUCCUUUAGCGUAAAGUCACAAGUAGACUGCAGAGCUUCCCGUGUACAUAAAGUACAAUGACUGCAAAAGUGCGACGUGCAUUCUUUCUCCGAUGUAGAACCCUCGUCAUCAUCUGAGUUCACCUCUGUUAUAGGAUGACUUUAUGUGAAAACAUAAACACAGAUCGGGGAAGCAUGAAGCAUGAACACGACUGAGAGAAUAAAACUGAAUAAAAAAAAAACAAAGCUAACCUUUACAAGUACCAUAAAUUUACACCAGCUGUUACAGACUCAAAUCAAAUGUAUGUUUUUAUUCUAAAAUAGUAAGAAUAAGAGCAGCUCACUUCUCAAAAUGGAGUCGUCCGGGGUUGAACCCGUGAAGUUUUCAUUACCAAUCAACAGUUGUUACCGUUGCGCCACCAAAGUGGUUGUAUCCAAAGCGUGUCAAUGUCACACCCUAUCGCGGGUUCUUUUUCUGCAGUUAUAUUCUUGAAUACAAGUGCACUUGUUCUGUUAUAUUUGUACCUUUUGUGAAAGUGUUUACUUGAUAUUUGGACUUCAGGCUUCACACAUUAUACACUUCAUAUCUAUAUUUUGUCAAUUAUUGCUAAAACAUGACAAACGUUUCUAUUGUAACGAUGUGUUUACAUAGAUUGUUGUAGAAACGGAACACACAUGCAAUGCAUGCGUUCCAAAUAAUGAUUUAGUAUUUAUAAAGGGUGUCAUUUUGCUUGACUUCUUACUCUAUACAACUCUAAGCAACUGACACGCAGGUAAACAGACUUGAGCGUAGAAAACUGUGCGGCGGUGGGGGGGAUGUGAUAGCAGGCUGCUUGCUGCUUAUCGACACAUUUACAAGACAAAAGACGCUGACGGAGAGGUGUGAAGGGAUUUAAGGUGGGAUGAAUUUUUACGAGUUUUUUCGUAUGCUUUGGUAAUUCUAGUGUUAAGCAUCCCCAAGGAUUUCUCAUGGGCCUACCACUUACUCUUCUAACAGCUGUUGCUACCGCUGACAGGUCAGGAAAUACACAUCAUGGUCUGUGACACAAUAUUUGCUCCAUAAGACGCACAGACAUUUCCACCCACUUUUGAGGGAAAAAAAGUGCGUCUUAUGGAGCGAAAAAUACGGUAGAUACCUUGGUGACAGAUAACAAUCAGUCUUUAUGUAGUCUAUAUUUAUUGUAAAGUAAACACUUGAUUUGACACAAUGAUUUGCAACAUGUAUUAGUGGCAUAUGCAGCUCAAUCUCUAAGGGGGCCUGAAGUGGGCAGCUGCCCAGGGCUCUGCAACCCGCUGAAGUCCCCCUUCACAUAAGUAUAAUAUUAUGAAUACUUAAAUAUUUGAAUCAAGUGAACACAAAACUCUUGUUUUUACUCGCAAUGAAAUCUACUGUCUGUUACUAACAUCCCUAAACUGGAAAGCCUAUCUUGCCCAGAGUGGCCACAUUUAUAUCUUGAGGUUUCCUGAUAUUACUGUCAUUUCUAAUUCAGAUCAUGAUACAGAUCUAAAAUCCAGAUAUUUUCCUACAAAUGUAAAGUAACAAAGUAAAGAAAAUAGUUAGAAUGAAAUAAUAUAUUCAUAUAUUUAGUGCAUUUUCCUGAUGAACCACUGUGCUGGUUAUGCACUUUACUGUGGUUGAUAAUUUCUUGCUACUUUCCUGCACUUGCAUUUUUUUUUUAAAUUUGUUUGAAUGUCUGUGAGAUUAAUUUCUGCUGUCUCUUAUGUAAGUGUGAAAUUGUGCAAAAUAACGCAAAAGUAAACUGCUACUCAUCUAUCCAUUUAGCUGUGGCGCUAUAGAUUGUGAAAGAAAUGUCACACUGGCCUAUUUUCAAUUAAUAAUGAAAUUAAGUUAACAUACUUCACCUUGCUCAAUUUAUUCUAAGAGUAUUACUCAUUACUGUUUAUCUUCCUCUUCAUAAUCGCUUUUAACCUCAAAUUAUUAAUUUAAAUGUUUUCAUAUCAUAAAUUGUAAGGUCCCAUUAAAAAGUGUGGAUUCCUUCACAAUGACCACAGAGUAGCAGGUAAUUUUCUCAAAGGCGCUCUGGAUAGCAGGGAGUAAAAGCAGAAUUGUUUAAUUUUAUUAAUCAUCUUGUGACCUCUCUGCUAGAAAACGUGAAUUAAAGAACUGUUUUUGUAAUUCUCUUUAAUAUUCUCCAGUGAUAUUCACAGGUUUAAAUAUACCUUUUUGUAACUGUUUCUUGUGAUGUUUGAUAAUUAUAUAUGUAUAUGGUUUUAUUUUAUCACUGAGGUUGUGUGCUGUACACUAAACAUUAUCAAUUCAUUAAUAGCUCACAUGGGUUAUUUAUAAUGGUGUAUAAACCUUACAAAGUUGCAAGUUUUUUAUGUGUUGAACCUUGCAUGGUGCUUAUUUAUUACAAACGUGUUUUUUGUGACUUUUUUAUGUACUCCUUAUAUGUGAUUUUUUUAUAUUAAUGCAAGCAAAACUUUUAAACACUUUUUUUAUGCACUGUUUAUAUUCUGUGAUGUGUAAUCAGUCUACAUUGUAGACAACGGGUGCUAUAAUAUAUCUACCACCACUUUCUGUACAAUAAAGAAAUUGUGUCCGCUUCA